UCCUUAUUUUCCCCUUACUCGUUGAUUUCUAUUCUUUCUACCCCAAACCAUGCCGAUCCAAUCGCUGUGAUUUCCAUGGCGCUCCGACGGCCACACAGAAAAUCAAGGCAUGGGUGUCUGGAAUGUAAACGAAGACGAGUCAAGUGCGAUGAGGCCCGACCUACAUGCGCAAAUUGCGCAAAACGUCAUGCCGAGUGCGAGUAUGGCUCCUCCACCUCCCUUCUCUGGGCAAAUGAUGAUUCCAGGCAAUCAUUCCACGCAUCAUCAGAUAGUGGCCAGCAAACAGACUCGGUCCUGGGAUCUCCCACCGCCGCAUCAGCCUCAUUGGGAAUUUUAGGCCAAUUGAGCAGUUCUGCCGCUGCAACCCCAGUCCCAAUCCUCAAUCUCCAUGAUCUCGAACUAAUGAUGCAGUGGUGUAACACCACCUACCGCACCCUCUCCCGCGAUGAGAGCACAGAUCAAAUCUGGCGAAAUGCCGUGCCUGAAGAGGCUCUUUCCCACCCAUUUUUAAUGCACGGCAUACUUGCUCUCUCCGCGCUUCAUCUCGCAAGGAUGGGCCCGGAUCCAUCCCGGCGCGCGGCACAUCUCAACCGUGCCGUCGCGCAUCAGAAUCAGGCACUGGCACUAUUCCGCGAACUCCUGGGUGAUAUCCAGGAAAGUAAUGCGAAAGCCAUGUUCGCGUUUUCAGGCAUCGUCGUCGUCUACACAUUCGGAUUCCCCCAUUCCCCAGAUGCACGAGACCAUUGGACCUGCAUCGAUGAUUUCCAUCAAGUCCUCGUCCUCACGCGUGGAGUACAGCAGGUGAUUAAAUCGCCGUCGGGGUUUUUAAUCGAUAGCUCGUUCGCUCCAAUCUUCAAGGUCGAUGAAACUCGUGCCCCACUUCCCGAAGAAACUGCCGCCGUCCUGCGACAAUUACAUGAAGCGAACGAUGCAUGUGGGGCGCGUGAUCCGAACCACGAAACAGACGUCUACGCGGCGACCAUCGAGAGCAUGGGCAGUAUGUUGAGCUGGGUUUACGCUGGGAUGACGGCUAGUUCGGUCGCGGGGCGUUGGGCGAUUCAGCUUCCGUCGCGGUUCUUGGAUUUGCUUCGCGAGCGGGAACCGUUGGCGCUCGUCAUGUUAGCGCAUUAUGGCGUGCUAUUGCAGUAUUUGAAGCAUCGGUGGUGCUUUGACGAGUGGUGCACACGGGUCGCUAAGGCAGUGUGGGCGAUCUUGGAUGAUCAGUGGAGACCAUUGGUUCAUUGGGCCAUGCGUGAAAUCCUUGGUCAGAAUUACUUGGAGCGGAUUGAGACUUUUUGA